UUAAGCCAGUUGUGACCGAGCACGUACAAGUCUUCUUUCCACCUGAGGAUCACCGUGCGGUUCAGAGCAAUCUUCCAGCAGCAGCGGCGUCGGGUUCGUGAUGAAGUGUGACCAUCUCGUGUCCUGGGCCUUUUUGCUGGUGGCCUCUGGCCCCCUGCUGGCCCACCCCAUCACAGAGUCCCAGGAGAUGCCCUAUCCAGGACCCGUAUCAGCUGAGGACGGAGGACUCAGCGCUCUGGAUGAUCUGUCUCCCUCCGAGCAAAACUUUCCUUCCCGGGAUGCAGCUGGUCUCAGAUAUUCCACUCUGAUAUCUGGGGAUUAUAACAAAGACGGUGUUAGAGCGGGCCUGCUUCCCAGGGGGAUGAAAAGAGAGGUCCUGCUGGAAAGACAAAGCCUCCUAAAUCCUUUCAGCCGCCUGUUUGGCAUCCGGAAGCAGUUUAGGAAGAGAGCAGGGAAUUCUGAGUGUUUCUGGAAGUACUGCGUCUAAAACACACAUAAGUACAUCCAGACACAAUGAUAAUCACCACGCAGGUAUCAGUGUGUCAUGUAAUCACACAUGUCCACUCACAUGCAUGCUCACUGUCAGUAUUAGGUAGUACAUAGGUACAAUUAGGAUCAAUAUCUGGGGACUUACAGUUGAUUUAUUGAAAUAAUUUAUGUAUAUUUAUGUGAACACAUUUUUUUAAAGUCCUUGUUCGUACGUGUUAUGCCCACAUGUCUUUUAAAGGUGGGAGUAAAAGGUCGUACAGCGCUGUUUGUUGAACAAUAAAAACUGCAUCAUAAA